AAUUCUCAGAUCUUUGAAAGAGUCAUCCAUAUCAUACUCUUCACUUUCCUUAAAUUUUUUUAACCAUCCUCUGUUAAAGUUUGCAGAUUUUUGGUGGGGUUCGUUGAGGGUACUGUGCAAACUUUUCAACAUCUUCACAGCCUGCACCAUCAAUGGCCACUGAAGAGGUUAAUAAGCCUCAGUCACUUCCUCCAUACCCCGAGCUCAUACUGAAAGCGCUUGAAGCUCUGAACGAACCAAGUGGAUCCAGCAAAUCAGCAAUAUCCAAGUACAUAGAAUCGACCUAUGGUGAGUUGCCAGACUCAACUGUUUUGGGGAAUCAACUGAACAAGAUGAAAGACAGUGGAGAAGUUGUGUUCAGUAAGAACAACUACCUAAAGGCUGACCCAAGUGCCCCACCAAAGAGGGGCCGUGGAAGGCCACCAAAGCCAAAGGCCCCUGUGUCACCAGGCACCGUUGUGUCCCCUCCACGGCCAAGGGGUCGUCCCCCAAAGGACCCGAAUGCUCCUCCAAAGUCCCCGAAGCCUAAGCCCACCCCGGGAAGUGGCAGGCCAAGGGGCAGGCCCAGGAAAAUUCCUCGCUCACCAGCAACGACGGUGGCGCCGGCCACCGUCUCCAGCGGAAGGCCUAGGGGUAGGCCUCCUAAGGUAAAGCCUCAGUUGAGAGAAGUGAGUGUUGACUUAUAGGAUUGUUUCUUUAUUUGGGUGGCAAAUGUAGUGUUCCUACUCUGUAUAAGUGGUGGGUGUGAUUUUAGAUUCUGUGUUGAUGUAAUCUCGUUGUAAAAUUAUGUAGUGUAGCUGACUUACUACGAGGCUUUCUUGUUUGUUUUCCUUUCUAAUUAUCAAAGAGAACAGUGACUUGGACUAA